CCGCAUUCCGACCUCAAUUCUUCGCUGUCCAAGAACGACGUCGAGCUUAGCAGCAUCUCCCCUCAAACCAUAAUGGCAUCACGUUUAGCAAGAAGCGCCGUAGGUAUGUAACUGGACUGUCAACCGAUCGGCGGAGAUCAAUUCUGGCAUGCCAUGAUACUGACAAUAGCUCCAGGCGCAGCUCGACUCCGACCAACUCUCCCCCUCCGUUCCAUCCCAGCCCUCAGCACAUGUAUCACAGGCCAUCGAUCAGCUUCGACUACAGCCGUGGAGGAUCCAAAGAAGAAGGCACAAUCUAUUCUAGACUCUCUGCCAGGUAACUCACUGGUCUCGAAAACCGCCAUCCUUUCUUCCUCAGCUGGUGCCGCAAUCUACGCCAUCAGCAACGAGUACUAUGUCGUAAACGAGGAGACCAUUGUUGCGCUCUGCCUCCUGAGUGUAUGGACUGCGGUCUUCAAAUUUGGUGGACCAAUGUACAAGGAGUGGGCGGAUGGACAAGUUAACAAGAUCAAGGGCGUCUUGAAUGCUGCCCGUGCCGACCACACCGAGGCUGUUAAAACACGAAUUGAGAGCGUCCAGCAACUGGGAAGCGUCGUAGAUGUUACCAAGACAUUGUUCGAAGUCUCAAAGGUACGUGUCAGGACUGGGUAUGGUUAAAGGAAAUUUCGCUCACUAUUCACAGGAGACUGCCAAACUUGAGGCACAAGCCUAUGAGCUUGAGCAAACCACUGCUCUUGCCGCUGAGGCCAAGACUGUUCUCGAUUCGUGGGUUAGAUAUGAGGGACAAGUGAAGAUUCGCCAGCAGAAGGAGCUCUCUGAGAGCAUUAUCGCCAAGAUCCAGAAAGAGCUUGAGAACCCCAAAGUCCUUCAACAAAUUUUGGCACAAAGUGUUGCCGAUGUUGAGAGUAAGCAAUUAAUAAAGACCCAACGUUGCGAUCAUUGACUAAUAACUUGGACAGGAAUCGUGGCCGCAAAGGCGCAAUAGAUGGUGUUGGGAGGCCUUUCAAUUUCCUUUAUUACCUGUGUUCAUAAAACCACUGUGCAAUAGUCCAUCAACCAUUCCUCGAGUCCUUUAACGAUUCAGUGAUACCAACAAACAACGGGUGGUUCUGAU